UUUUUGGGAGACAACAGCUAGAUGAGUGCAGGGAGGUCAACUCAGCGGUAAAUUCAUGUUUGUUUCUGAAGUGGAGAAAGUGCAUGAAAGCACGCGCGUGGGACAGCGCAUGCAUAUUUAAUCGCUGAGUGGGCAGCGGUAAUUCUGAGCGCCGGAUCAGCAAGUGGGCGCGCAGAGCGCACUCGAUCAGCUGAGCUGGUCCCGCGCUGCAGCAGGCCUGGAGGAAACCCGAACUGCUGGGACACAGAAGAAGUGGAUGACUGCAGAAAACGUAGAAAAGUGUUGUUUUAAAUGCGUCUUUUUCAUUGGCUGAAUCGAAACGGGCUUUAAUUGCUGGUUAGCGGUCGUCUGUGCGCCCGUCGGGGCUGGAGAAGUGAGUGGAUGAGGCAGAGAGGCGCUCAUAAACAAAGCCAGCACGUUUCCGUCCGCCUGCAGCUGCUCAGCCUCACCGGCAGCGGAUCGGGGAGGGUUCCGAGCACAUUCGGAGCACCGACGACGCGUGUGAGCGCCGCAGGACUCCAGCAGUCGACGCGGAUGAUGCUGACGCUGGAGAGGACGACGCCGGUGACUGAGCGGCUGAGGCGCUGUCCGGGGUGCUGAAAACCCAUCGGCUCUUUGCGCUUUAUUUUCCGAGGCGCUGUCCCGGGUGCUGAAAAGCUGCCGGGUUCGAAUUCUUUAUUUAUUUUUUUCUAAAUCGAGACGAUCUGAGCCGAAUCUAAACCCAGUCAGCGCACCAGUUCGGCGGUUCGCACAGCUCCCACGGCCUGAGUAAAUGGGACCGCACAGCGUCCGCGCGCUAGAACCAUGGAGAGAUUUCUGCUGCUCAUCCUCGGCUCCCUCGGCGUCUCUCGCGUUACGGCGGACAGCCUGUCGCCGCCCGUCAAUGUGACCAUCAAAGAGGUGAAAGCAAACUUUGCUGUGGUGUCAUGGGACAUCCCGGAGGGAGACCCUGUCAUUGGCUUUGCCAUCACACAGCAGAAGAAAGAUGUGCACAUGCUACGAUUCAUCCAGGAAGUCAACACCACCACCCGCUGCUGUGCAUUAUGGGACUUGGAGGAGGAGACAGACUACAUUGUGCACGUCCAGUUCAUCAGCAUGUCUGGGACAAGUCCGCUGAGCGAGCCGAUACUCUUCCGAACCCCGAAGGAGGCCGAGACUACGAGGUGACAAUAGAAGAGGUGGGCCAGAGCAGCCAGCUGAGGGCGGGGGAGCUCAUCAUCAUUGUGGUGCUCAUCAUGUGGGCAGGUGUGAUCGCCCUCUUCUGUCGCCAGUAUGACAUCAUCAAAGACAACGAGCCCAACAACAACAAGGACAAAGCCAAAAACUCGUCCGAGUGCAGCACUCCCGAACACCCGACGGGGGGGCUGUUGCGCAGUAAGCAGUUCCCCAAAAACAACAGCAACAACAACAGGAUGCCAUCUGUCAACAUCAUUGAGGUGUGACCACCGGGAUGUCUUCUAUUUACCUGGAGGAGCCGAUAAGGGAGCCCCCCGAUCAGUCAUCUGCUCGUCAGGAUGAGUUCGGGGAGCCACGCCGCUCUUGCUUUACGGCGGCUCCUGAGGCGCGGCCCGCAGGACUCUGGAGGCCGAGCUCGGCCCAGCCGGCCGGCGCCGGUCAGAGCUGGCAGCAGAGAAGCUGGACCGCUGGGUCAGGCUCCUACUAAACCUGGGGGAGGAGCUCCUACUCUAAGGAGAGACUGUGAUAAAACUAACUGCAGAGACCCAAACCAAUAACCAGAGCCAAACAACUCCUCACUCUUCUGCCUCUUUCAGUCCAUCGUGAGGUGAAACUGUUGCACCACCUUCAAUUCUGUCGUUUAUUUGACUUUUAUGCGCUUCACUGCCUUUUGGCAAUCCACCUGGAAGACAGAGGAAUCGCUCGGCUACAACAAUAACAGCCAUCUAAUUAAUCAUCAAGGAAUCCUCAAGCGUCCAGGUUGGAUAACGUUCAUCCUCGCAUCCGUUUUAAGACAGACUUCCUCAAACAUUCCUCACUGAGCGAGCCCUUUAGUAUCUCCUGGUGUCUUUCUGCUCACAGGAUCUCACUUUGUUCUGGAGAGCUGCGUCUAGGACCCAGUCCAUUUAUCUAAUUAAUGAACCUUAGACGUGAGUCGGGCUCUGAGGACGCAAGCAGAAUCCCGCCUCUGCAGAGACAAAGAGAUCCCUUAAAUCAGCAAUAACGGAAAGCAGAGGAAGCCAGGACUCUGUGAGUGAAAAAAAUAAAAAA